UCGAGCAACGGCUGAAGAGUCUCGUUCUUUCAGGCGGCCAGCCCUCUCCUCUCGGCGGGUUGCCGCCAGCGCGCGCGUUGUCCAAUGUGGCGCUCCAUGAGACAGGAGUUCGUGAGUUGACUGACCUCUUUCCAUCCCGCUUUCCCCUCCGUUGUCUCGUCGACACCACUUCCUCCAUGUCUGCCAUACGCUCCUUGUGACCACCCACUCUCCUUCAUCCCGUCUUCGUGACGAUGCCGCUCCUUCUCCGCGCUCGCCGCGCCCUCCCCGCCCUCUAUCUCCUCCUCACCCUCGCGGCCGCGCAGUCGUGCUGGUACCCCGACGGCAACACUCUUUCCUCCGAUAUCCCUUGCAAUCCCAAUGCCACCGCUUCCGCCUGCUGCAACGCACAGUCCUUCUGUUUGGUGGGUGGUGGAUGCUUUACUGGAGGCGUAGUGACGCGGGGGAGUUGUACAGACAAGACUUGGAACAGCCCUGAAUGCGCGCAGUUUUGUCAGACUGUCGGCACGGAUGGCGAGACACCGAUAACGCCUUGCAACACAGGCGUCAGCACCAACUCUUUCGUCUGUGGCCUAGACACGGGAGGGCAGUGUGACGACAAUGCAAAAACCUUCACCCUGGCCAGCUCGGUAUCCAUCGUCCUCCGUCCCGCUCAAGUGAACCAGCUGGUGGGAACUGCCAUCGCAUCCAGCAGCCCAUCCUCCGGCUCGUCCGGCUCCUCACCUUCCACCGGUGCGAUCGUUGGCGCCGCCCUCGGUGUAGCAAUCCCCCUUCUCAUCGCAAUCGCCGUCCUCGCAUGUCUCCUCUUCCGCGAAAAGCGCAGCCGAUCCUCCGCUCGAAUUCUCUCCAGCCGCAUGUACCGAUUACCCGACAACGAAACGAAAGAGAGCCUCACCAUCCACCCGGCACCCUCAUUGAUGCACGGCCUGGGCAGAGACGGCGGCAGCCUGCACCGCCCGCAUCAUACAAACGCUCACUCCCGCAGCAGCAGUCGCGACUCGUACGCCAGUUUCCACACCACCCCCAUUGUCCCCAAUCUGUCCCCGCGUCCCUCGCAAAUCCUGCAAAUACCAACCCCAGCGCGCAAACCGGUGCACAACAGCAGCGUCAGCGUCUACUCGACCGACAGCGCGCGCACCUCGCGUCACGUCACGAGUCUGGCGGAGCGGAUAGAAGGGAUGAAAGUCACGCCGCAGCUUGUCGAUGUGCGAGAAUCGGGCUCGACGUCUUCAUCGCUGAGACAUGAGCUGGAUUCCCUGCAGACGAGUCCGCGCUUGCCUGCCGAGAGGUUCUCGCCGACGCCGAGAGAGGUGGAGAGGUAUGAGCUCGCGGCUUCCAGGAUGUCGCGAGUGGGUUAGACGGCGGGGAGCUACCAAAUCGCGGCUUCCAGGAUGUUGCAAUCGGGUUAGAGCUUGGGCUUGGGUUCAUGGUGGUUUGGGCGCUCUCUGAAACGGCGGCGGUUCUUGGAGACCGGGGCGGUGUCAUCUUGGGCUGGCUUGACGACGGCGUUUGUACGGAGAUGGGCCCUGGCGGGCGGUGGUGUUGCUCGGAUUGUAAAUAGUCACGACUUGGGGUCUGGUUUGGGAUAAUGUAUAUCAAGAAGUCUUCUUCCAGCCACGCACCGCCGUGUGCGUCUUUUCUUCUCAA